GCUAGGUUUGUAAUGACCGCCAUUAUUGAAGAGAAACAGGAAGCGAACAAGAAAUAGUAUAUUUAUCGCAACAACGAAUAGUAUCAUCAUGUCGUGCACAUUAUUUACAUUGUUAUUAGUUUCACUUGGUAAUUUUGUAUCAUCUCAAGAGGCUACUCUUAUUUUACCACAAAGAAUCCAGUUUGGAGAAGAAAAGAUUCGAUUAGGAUGUAGUCCCUCCACGUCUCCUCCGUGGGGUGUUGUAAAUUAUGUUACUCUGUCUAAAAAUACAUCAACAGGAAUGUUAGACAUUGUGACUGUUUUUCUGAAAGAUUUAAAAAAUGAAACAUCUUGGAAGAUAUCAGGAUGGCAGAGUCGUGUUACUAUGAUUAAGGAAUAUGUGUACCCAGUAAGUGGUUCUGGAAUAGCAUUUGACAUUGCACCUAGUCAGGUCACUUGUACAGAUGAAGGCACUUACCAAUGUAAAAUUACUGGUGGUUCAACUGGUAAUAGUCCAAUUGAAAAAGAAAAAGUUGGGACUGUGGAAUUCCAAGUUAAUCCAACAAGUAUUGAUCCAAUAAUGCCAAAUCCUUCGCAACCAGAGUUAAUAUAUAAUCCAAACGAAGUGGUCCAGUUACGAUGUUCAGGAACAGUAGGAAGACCAGCUCAAGACUUUAGGUGGUGUUACCGUAGUGACAUAAACUCAAACUUUAAAGGUUGGGCUAAUAGUGCAGACUAUGACCAAUCAGCAGUUACCUCAAGUGGAUGUCAGAAUAGACGGACAUCAACUCUGAGAUACAAUGUAUCAGCUAUUAAUGACUUUACAGAGUUUAGUUGUGAAGUUGGUGGAUCAACUACAAUAUGUGGAGUGGGCAGUCCAUUAUCAGCAAAUAUCACUAUAAGAAAAUAUACUGUACCAUCUACUAACCAACAAGGCUCUGAAGACACAGCCAGCGGUGGAGUAAUUGCAGGAGCAGUAAUUGGAUCAUUUGUUGGAAUCAUACUCAUCUUAGUUAUUGUGUACUUUGUAGCCUUCAGAAAGAAGAACGAGGGAGAAACAUAUCGAACAAAAGAAGAAAAUGGUAGAACUGGUAGUGCACCAAUAGAUAACACUGUGUAUAGUGUCCCUAACAAAGAUAGGCAUGGAGAUAGAGACCGAUCACCAAAGGACAAGUCUCCAAGACACUACGAGAACCGUGGACUGGAUGAACCACACACAAGAGGCUACAAUUCCGACCCUAGAGGUCGUAGCAACCCAGGAAUGGAUAGGUCAUUUGAUGAUGUAAGGGAUGGCAAUAUGAAGUCCAGCCGAGGCCCAAUGAUGGGAUCAAAUGCCUCAUUUGGAUCUGCGGUGUAAAAUGAUGAUGUAAUAGGAUUUAACAAAUUAAACUAACACAGAAAUGAUUAUAAAGGGGUUAGAAGGAUACUAACAAAGACUGAUAUUGGACUACUGAGUCAGGCCAAGGGAUUGCACAGCUUGAUAAUGUUCAUUUUGAAGUAAUUUCAUAAAUUUCAAGUUGGCAUGUUAGUCCCUGCUUCCUUUCUUUGACUACUUUCAAUUUCAAAUAUAAAUUGGUAAAAAUAUUUCAAACACAAGAUGUCUAUUUUUUGGUGAGGUUUCAACACUCUUAUUCUAAAAUAUUUGUGUAAUUUUGUUGUUGACACAACUUCAUUUCUUGGUAGCAAAAAAUGAUUUAAAGGAAAAUCAGACUUUGAAUACCUAUAAAACCUGAAAACAGUCUUUUUGCUCUUAACUGUAAGAUGUAAAAUUGUGAUAAUGAGUUUAUAAGAUACAAUUCAAUAUUAGGUAGGCAAGGCAAAGCCAGUAUACUAUCAAAAGUAGUUUAGGACAAACCAUAUGAUAUACCGGUAUUGUUGCUUUAGAUUUAUAUUUGUACAGCAUAUUGUAUUACUUGUACAAAACUACCGUAUAGCAUGUACAUUCAAGAUAUUUGUUUGAAUCUUUGUUGAUUGUUAGUGAUUAUGUUACCCUGGUAACAAGUUUGAUUGUUAAAACAUUCCAAUAUUUGUACAAAACCAUUUUAUGAUUGAAGGCAGCAAAAUGACAGUUGUGAAUGAAAAGGCUCAUAUCUAUUCUUAUUGACAUAUUUUUCGCCAUUAAAAAAUCCUUAAAGAGGACAGUAAAGUGUAGUUACAAAAAAUUUUUGGUUAAAAAGCAAAAGCAAACCAUUUACUAGCUAGAUAAACAACCUUGGUCAAAAAUGAGCAAUGUAAACAAAACUUUGAAAUGAACCUCAUUUGUAGAAACUCAAACCUAACAUUUGUAGAUUGUAGCAUAACUUGAUUGUCCUAUUUAUAAACAUAUCAUUGCCAUAAUUCUGCGGGUUGAAUUUAUAUUAUACAUUUAUUUACUGUACAUUAUUGGAAGUGCAAUUAGCAUGAACUUUUAUGUAGAUUUUUAUCAUUCCAAUUAAGUGCUUAUAAAAAUUACAGAAUUUAUAUAUAUUUUUACUUGGAGAGAAACAAAUUCUGCAUGUAUGCUGUUCAUGAUGACUAAAAAAAAGUUUCUAUUAUUUUAAUUAUAGUUAGUGUUAAGCCAUCAUACCUCAUCCAUUUUGAAUCUAAAGGGACAAAUAUAUGAAGACUUUUUAGGGGGUUAUUCAAAUGUUUUCUGUGCAUUGCAAUUGUUCAUUAUAUUAAGAGAUGCUUUACAGUCAAUUAUAAAUUCUAAUGCAAUUAUUUUGUAUCAAUGGUUCUGAUUAGAUGACAAUAAGCGUAAAAUUCUCUAUCUCCCUGUCUAACUAAGGAAGCCGACAUUUUGAAUACUGGAAUGUAUUGACAUGUGAUUUCUUCAAUAAUAAGCCAAAAAAACUCACAUUUUGCACCUAGAAAUCUUCUUUUUAUCAAGUUUAUUACAUUCUGAAGCGGACAAGAAGCCAGAAAAUGUCCAGUGUUUACGUUUGAUGCCGGAAGCAUACCUAUGACAUCACCUAGUUUAGGCGCCAAAGAAGAUAACAUCAUUUCGCGGAAUUUUCGUUUAAUGAAUAUUUUACACUGAAAUAAUGACUAAACUUGAAUGAUUUGUUUAUUUUGCAUUAGAAUAGAGAUAACUGUAUUGUAUUUGAAGCUUUGCGGACAUCCAUCGGUAGUUUUACUGUUGCAAAUAUCCUUUUACCUGUCUCCGCUACACGUCGCCAGGUAAACUAAAUUUGCGACAGUAAAACUACUGAUGGACGUCCGCAAAGCUUCAAAUACAAUACAGUUACUUUAAAUUGGUCUGAUGUCAAUUCCUAGAUAUAGUUUUAGUUUUAAGAUUGUCUGUGUUAAAUUUGGUAUGUCCCAUUUAAAAAGCUGUGUUAGUAGUUAUACGGGUGAAUUGGUAUUUAAUUUGAGAUACUAUAGAUCUGACAAAAAAUUGUUUUUUUUAUAUAAUUAAAGUUUUCCCAUCUAGAAACAAAGGCGAAGAUGCAUUUCAGAGCUUUUUCAAACAUAUAGAUUUGUCAGAAAUGGAAAAAAAUUAUUUAUUAUACAAUUAAUUAUCCCAGUUUUAAGUCCACAAUAAAGGCUUUCAGAAAAUGUAACUUUUAUAGGCUUGAUUGUAUAAUUUUGGUGUAAUGUCUUUAAUGAAACUUCUUAAAGGACAUAUGUCAGUUUUUUCACCAUAAAUAGUAAAAUCUAAGGAACAUUUUGGUUAAAUUGAAAGGGGCACAUGCUUCACCUAAACAUUUUUAGUCAGUGAAUACAUAACACAAAAUGUACUUCCAAUAUUUAUAUCUUUACAAAGAUUGUGCUCUUUCUUAUUUCUCUAUAUGCACAAGUUGGUAUACAUUCUCUGUUAUUUCAGCAUUUCUCUAAAUUUACUUUUAUUUCAUGAGUGUAUCACACAUGGAAAGGAAGUGUUUCAAACCAAAACUGCCAUAAAUCUAUUAAAGUACAUACAAUCAACGUUUUAUUUUACAAAUCGAAUACAUUGGAUUGUAUGACCAGUUCGACCCUAAGUCAUACAUACUCUGUUACAGUUAAUAUGGAUAGAUAAAGACUUGAAAGAUUAAAAAGGGAAAAUAUUGAAGACAAAAAUGAAAAGUAGCAUUCAAAUAUUAAUUAUUAUGAUAAAUAAUUCAUGAUAGGAAUAUAAAAUGGUUGGAAAAAAUAACAAAUGGAAGACAAUUUGUCUAUUAAUACAAUUUAUUUGAAUCAUAUAAAUUAGGCUUUCACUGUAGUUGAUAAAUGAUGUAAUUUACAAAAAAAAUGUGUUAUAAAUAUUAUAUAAUAGUAGGUAAUUAUUUCUUUUGAUUAUUUGUAUCUCUCCACAAUCAAGACACAAUUAUAUUUUAGUAGUUAGACGUAAUGGGUUGUGAUUUUGUAAUUAGCAAAUCCAUGUCAUUGUACAUAGAAACAUUAUAGCAAUCAAAUUUUUAUAUAUUUGUAUAAUUAUGUCCAUUUAUUCUGUGAUUUAUCUUAACAUUAUGCAACUACCUUUUCAUCUAAGUCAUAUUGACUAUAAAUCUAUAUAUUUCUAUGAUCAGUACCUCUUUAUAUAAUGUUCUUAAGGGGAGAUUUGAUAGGAAACAGUCUUAUUUACAGGGGACCUUUUUCACAUUCAUAUCGCUGUAAAUAUGCUGUAUAUCUAUUUGGUAUUCCAUCUCCCAUGAAAAAAAAAUAAAAUUAAUCAUACCCUGUAAAUAAGACAUACUAAUAUCUUGGUCCAAUAACAAAAAGAAAAAGAUGAAAUAGUCCAUAGCUCUGAAAACCACUGUUCAAAGCACUGAAAAUAAUGCUGGUAGCUCUUUUAACUACAUUGUAAAUUUUUUUUAUCUCUUCCAACUCCAUAUUAGUUAUCUAGCUUAAAUUAGGUUGCAGAGAGUUAACUUAGGAAUAUUUUUUUAAUUUUAUGUUUUUUAAGCUAUGUGGUUCUGUUAUCAUCUAAUAUUUUAUGAUAAUGGCCAGUACCGGUAUAUUACAACGGUCCUUUUUCAACAAAAUCAAAUGUUUCAUAUGUUUCAUGAUUAACUUGUUUUGAAGGAACACAUUUUUUCCAAGUAGGAACAAAGUUAAAGAGCCCUUUUUCCAUCGUAAAUGUUAACUGGUUCAAUAUCACAAAGCUAAAAUGAAUUCAGAAGAUAGUUGCAAAAUGUUGAAUAUAAGGUUGUGAAUUAUCAAAUUGUUGAAACUUUAUUUUUCUAGAAAAAAUUUUCAAUUAGUAAGAUUAAUGUAUGAAUGAAACAUAAAAAUUCAUAUGUAUAUUUCAUUUCUGAAUUAACAUAUACUUCUGAAAAAACACAGUAAAUGUUCAUAAAAAGACAAUUAUAAAAAAAAAAACACCAAUAGAAUUGUUCUGACAGGUUUAAGUUUAACCAAACAUUUUUGGUCGAGGCAUUAAAAGAAAUUUAUUUACUCGGGAAAAACAGUAGAAUAUUUACUCAGGCAGUGUAAUAACAAUACUCUUUAGGAUUUGAGUGAAAGAGUUUCAGGAUAAUUUUUCCUCUUAAGAGUCAAGAUUUGUACACAUGUAAUGAAUAUAAACUUUGAACAGAUCUCCAUUAAAGUUCCCACCUUUAUAUCAACUUAACUGAUACUGAUUGCAUUGAUUCAGUUUAAUAUCUGUCAUGUAAACCAAACAUUCUACUGAAGUUGCAAUGUGCAUUUCCAAAGAAAAAGAUCAAGGAUGACAUUGCUUUGGUAACCUAUUUUUAUUUCCUACAGAGAAGAUGCUAUUUUAGUUUGUUGUUGAAAGUGCCAAAGAUAUCCAAAUGUGACCUUAUAUUCAGUAAAUCUUUAAGCUACCUGAUAUAUUACUUUCAAAAGUUGACAGAAACGGAUAUCGACUUGUAAGUCCUGAAAUACACAUUUUACGAUAGAAAAAUCUCACGUUAUAGGAAAAUAUUUGAAAUAGAAAAAUAAGGAGAUGUAUAUGUGCCAUAUUUAGAACCUUACAUAGGGAGGAGGAUUUGUAUACUUUUAUCAUGAGUGUGAAUGUGUGUGCAUGAGAGAAAUUAUUGUUAACAAUCUAUAUAUAUCUUUAAUCUUGUUAUGAUUAGUUGAGAGGUUGAGAGGUUGUGUUAUAUUUUAAUUUUAGAAUGUGAAAAAAAACUUUUGAGAAUUCAAAUUUGUUUUAUGUUUACAUGUUUAUCUUUUUUGUCACCAAAAUUAUUAAAUGAGAAAUGGUUGUGUAGAUUUAGAAUUUUAUUCUUCCCUCUCUCUUCCUUUUCUUUUCCACAUUUUAUUAAUUUUUAUGAAUGAAAGUGUAAUUUCUUGUUAUUUUGUACACUGCUUUUACAAAUAAAAUUGUAGCCAAUCAGAAAAGAAAA